UUAUUUAUUUAUUAUUAUGUCUUGGACCGCUAUCUUCGUGAUGUAAAUUAAUUAAUCGUAAUCUUGUGGUACAUUCAUGACUUAAGUAAAUACUAAACUUACUGCGAAAAUGUCGUCGACAGAACCUUUCCAGAAUAAAACCUGGGAACUUUCCCUGUACGAAUUGCAUCGUGUACCUCAAGAAGUCAUAGUAGACGCUACAGAGAUUGCCGUCUCCCCACGAAGUUUACACAGCGAAUUGAUGUGUCCAAUUUGUUUGGAUAUGCUUAAAAAGACCAUGACCACAAAGGAAUGCCUCCACAGAUUCUGUUCUGAUUGCAUCGUGACAGCAUUACGUUCUGGCAACAAGGAAUGUCCCACUUGCCGGAAGAAAUUAGUGUCAAAGCGGUCCCUGCGACCCGAUCCGAAUUUCGAUUUGCUAAUAUCAAAAAUAUAUCCGAGUAGAGAUGAGUACGAAGCCCACCAGGAGCGGGUGUUGGCUAAAUUAAGUAUGUCGCAGUCUCAGGCGUCAUUGGUAAAUUCUAUUAGUGAGGGAAUGAAGCUUCAAUCCCAAAAUAGACCGCAACGAUCUCGGAAAACUCAGGACGAUAACAGUAACACUUCUAAUUGCAAUGGUAACACUGACAGUGCAGGUCAGAAUGGUGGCAGUACAUCGGUUCCUAAAGAUACAACUCCUACUACUGGUAAUCCUGCGCCAUCAGGACAAUCAACAUCUAACCCUGCAUCAGUAAGGAGUACUCCAUCCCCUGUCUUGUCUAGUGUAAGCUCUAUAUCAAAAAACACAAGCAUAACUAAGAGGGCAAAGUCAAUUUUGACCUCUGAACGCAGUGAGGAGAGUGAAUCUAGUGAUGGCAGGACUGAGGGUGAAAACUCAAUGGACACGGAGGGUGAAGGGGAACCUCUGAAUCCAAAUGAAAUAGAACUUGUAUUUAAACCUCAUCCGACUGAGAUGACUGGUGACAACCAACUCAUGAGGGCACUGAGGGAUAGCUCUGUGCGAUACCUGAAGACAACUGCUAAUGCAUCAGUUGACCACUUAAGCAAGUACCUAGCUAUGCGUCUCACACUAGAUCUGGAUGCAGAACUACCAGAGGCAUACCGUCUCCUUAACUUCUGCAUCUAUGUUGCACCAUCUCCUGGCCAGUUUGUCCCUCUGGCUGGCUCACAGACUCUCAGACAGAUUAAUGAUAAAUUUUGGAAGGUCAACAAGCCAUUGGAGAUGUAUUAUUCUUGGAAAAAAACCUAGAAGUAAAUAUCAUUUUAGUUAUGUUGCUGCAUAACUAAAAUGAGAGAAUGCAGUGAUAAAAAAUAUAUUCCAUUCCUAGAUGUAUCUAAAUUUGGUGAAUUGAGAAUUCGGACUCAAAUAUUAAUUAUAAACUUCAUUGAAAAUAAUAAAUAUUGAGACAACUAAUGAUAUUUAAAUUUAUAAAGAAGUGGCGUCAUAAUUAUAAUGUAGUAUUGACGACUAUGAUUAUGUAAUAUUGUAAUUAUCAAUGAUUUUAAUACAGAUGUAUUUAAUUAGUAAUAAGCACGUACGGUACGAAUUUUAAUUGUAUUGAAUAAAUAUUAUUCUCUCAAAAUAUAUUAUGUGUAUAUGACAAACA